AUGCCUUUCUACUCAGCAGCUUUCCUCUGCGUCGCCGUACUGGUGCCGUUUGCGCACGUCCGGGCCGACUCCACGGUCUUCUCUCAGUUCAUCGGGGCGACGACAGCGUCCGGCCCCAGCUCAGGGGACCUCGCUCCUUCAUUCACCCUCUGUACUAACUACCUCCACGGGUUACCCGCUCUCACGAGCCUCCCAUCCAGCUUGUCGACCCAACUCGAGCAACAGGCCGUUGACGGCGUCUGCCAAUUCUGCACCAGUCUCGAUCAAUCCCGUAUCGACUCCUGCUGCAGGCAGGCAACAUCCUCCGCCUGUUUCGACCAGUUCGCCGGCGCAAAUACUGUACGGACCACGCCGGCCUCAGCCAGUGCGACCCCAACCGCCACCUCAGCCGGCGGCCCGACUUUAAUGCCCCCCAACUCCUCUAACAGCGGUGUAAUUGCCAGGAAGAAGGAUACCCUUGCCGGUUCCUUUGUCGCAGUUAUGGUCGGCUUCGCUGGGUGGAUUUUAUAG